AAAAAAUGUUCAUUAAAUGCAUUUAUCAAAAUAUGUUGAAAGAGUUAAAAAUUUAACAUAGAACAAAUCACCGAUUAAAAAGUGGGUUGGGCCGUGAGCCUAAAAGAAUACGAGUUAUUACACAUUAGGUUUUCACUUUCGAUAGAAAACAUAUCUCGAUAAUAAUAAAUCAUAUGACAGAGAGAUAAGUUAUCGAAAGAAAAAAUAUCGAUGAGAUUAAGGAAAUAGAAAUAUCGAUAGAAUUGGUCUAUGUAAAAGCACGAAAGAAUUGUCAGAAGAAGGAGAACCAGAGGCAAUAGUUCAAGACAGAUUUGUAGGUUAUGUUACGUCGAGGUCACCUAAAUCGGAUUAAUUUUACGCAACAACGAAAGGAUGCAACGUAAUUGCUCGUGCACGGGAUAGACGAGGUCUACGUUCCAAUCGUGCUCAACACGAUGAGUACUGUGGACGUGUUGAAGUUCGCGAAAAUAGCGAAGUACGGGCUUUUACCUCGGAUUUUGUCGUUCGGGCAACGGCGGACGGACGGUUUACACAGGGCGCUACGGACGAAUUCGUCGUCCGUCGCCAAGGCGGGUCAAAGUGAUCCGCGUGAUAUACGUGAAUCGACCAUCCGGCAGUUGAUCAUGGAACUGGAGAACUGUAAUUCGCAUGGUGAUCAUGGAAACAUAUUCCCAUCGACACCGCAAAAUGAUAAUGACCCCUCGGGUCAUAAGAAAUGGUACCGGCAAGCCAGUCAAAGUGCUGGCAGGUGGAUACGAUUUCCCCAAGAUGAGACAAUCUUCCCGGAGGAAUCACUUCACAGGAACAUUCUUGGCUUUAACUUUUCUCGGACGGUCGGCUUGAACAGAAAUGAUCGUAGCGAGAAUGAUCUGGAAAGUUAUAAUGAAGGAACGCAAGGGACGUGGAGUGAUAAGAGGGAACUCGGUCACAGAUAUCCAACCUUCGGUAUAAAUGCAGCUGAUACAUCUGAUCGAAUAGAGUGUUUGGGGACUGUUAGCAUGAUGGCUAGAAAAAUUGCUGCAAAUAGGAUCUUUGUUAACCGAAGUCUCCAUUUAGAAAAUAUUAAAUUUUAUGGAUUUGAUAUGGAUUAUACAUUGGCGGAAUAUAAAUCUCCGCAAUACGAACAGCUUGGAUUUAAUCUUUUAAAAGAUCGUUUAGUAUCUUUGGGAUAUCCACGAGAAAUAAAAGCGUUUGAAUAUGAUCCGAGUUUUCCUGUACGAGGCCUAUGGUUUGAUACUCUUUAUGGAAACUUAUUGAAAGUUGAUGCUUAUGGAAAUAUUUUAGUCUGUGUGCAUGGAUUUGAAUUUUUAAAACACUCACAAGUUUAUGAAUUAUAUCCAAAUAAAUUCUUACAACUGGACGAAUCAAGGGUAUACGUUUUGAAUACACUUUUUAAUUUGCCCGAAACUUAUUUCUUAGCAUGCCUAAUAGAUUUCUUCACAAAUUCUCCACAAUAUACUCGAGAAAAAACAGGUGUUAAGGAAGGUGAACUUACUAUGAGUUUUAAAAGUAUUUUUCAAGAUGUAAGAAAUGCAGUUGAUUGGAUUCACUUGCAUGGGGAUUUAAAAAGUAAAACUAUAGAGAACUUGGACGAAUAUGUUAAAAAAGAUGAACGAUUACCAAUGUUUCUUACGCGUAUUAGAGAAAGUGGUGCUAAAUUAUUUUUAUUAACAAAUAGCGAUUAUGUUUUUACCGAUAAAAUCAUGACCUAUUUGUUUGAUUUUUCCCAUGGCGCAAGGCCUGAUGAACCACACCGAAAUUGGAAAACGUAUUUCGACACUAUUGUUGUUGACGCUAGGAAACCAUUGUUUUUUGGAGAAGGUACGAUUUUAAGACAGGUAGAUACUAAAACUGGUGCUUUAAAACUUGGAACACAUAAAGGCCCUCUUCAUACUGGUGAAGUCUAUUCGGGAGGAUCUUGCGAUGUUUUUACCGAAUUAAUAGGUGCGAAAGGUAAAGAUGUAUUAUAUGUCGGCGAUCACAUAUUUGGUGAUAUUUUGAAGAGUAAAAAGAUUCGAGGAUGGAGAACAUUUUUGAUAGUGCCGGAAUUAGUUCAAGAAUUACAUGUAUGGACAGACAAAUGUCAAUUGUUUGCCGAAUUGCAAAAUUUAGAUGUAAUGCUAGGGGAAAUGUACAAAAAUUUAGAUAGUAGCACAAAGGAAAAGCCCGAUAUAUCGAAACUUCGUGCUUCCAUAAGAGACGUCACGCACAAAAUGGAUUUAGCAUAUGGUAUGAUGGGAUCACUGUUUCGUAGUGGAAGUAGGCAGACAUUUUUCAGUAGUCAAGUAGUGAGGUAUGCAGAUUUAUAUGCCGCAACUUUCCUUAAUCUGAUUUACUAUCCAUUUUCGUAUAUGUUCAGAGCACCUUCUAUGCUUAUGCCACAUGAAAGUACGGUUGCUCACGAACAAAGAUUUGUAAUGGAAACACCUAUGAUCAGUCGAUCACGAACAUUUAAACUUUCCGAAGAAGAAGAAGAACAAAAUCGGCCGACCGCUAAAACUAUGUACGUGGAUCAUUUAAAUAGUCAAAUUCCACAUGCAAGACCUGAAACACCGCGUAAUGUGACACAUACGCAUGACGAAGACUGCAGUGAUGAGGAUAGCGAUUCUCAGAAGCAAGGGAACAGUACUAAAGCAUCUACAAAAAAUUUUAACUGUAAUUAAUUUAUUAUAAUACUAAUUGCCUCUUAAAUUGGUUAAAAAAAAUUUAUUCA